AUGAGCCACGACGAGCUGGCAAACUUUCGAGCGCGAAUGGCGCAGCCGCCCAAGGACUGGGUCGAAACUGCUCUCGUGGCUGUGCUGAAGGACCCUGUUUUCUACACGGUGAUGGGACUCGGCGCUUUCUUCGUGCUCGUGGUCCUGGCACUCUUCGCUACGAAGGUGCUGCUGGACGACAUAGGAGCUGGAGAGACACGAAAAGAGCAGAAGAUGGAGCCCAAGACGGAAAAGAAGGAGCAGUAA